AUGAGUUCCAAAUCAAAAGAAGCGAAGUUCUUCAACUUCCCUCACAGUCACAAGAAACAUCGUGUCCGAAAAGGUCUCUCUGAAGCAUUGGGAGUUCUCGGAUUAAAGGCAGAAGACGAAGAAAACCUGACCAACAAGCCCUCCAUCACUCUGAACUCUAUUAUAAAACCACAUUCAAGCUCCGAAACAUUAUCAAAUCACUCUUCUGAACCCAGAAUGUCUAUAUUCAGCAGCCUUAAAAAGGAUCACCACAAACGUGGCUCCUCGCCUGCUCCACGUGGCUCAUCACCCGCCCCAACGGCUAGCAGCAGCAGAACUGCCGCCAAGCCGACGUCUACCCCUUCGAAAACACUUCUGCUGCCUCGUAUCUCCAAGCGUGAGGUUGACGGUAUUUCGGUCAAUUCCAUCGCUCCUACUGUGGUUUCCGAUUCUACCCUCGCCCAGGAGGACCACAGCGUAGUGCCCUUGAAAAAGGCAAAGUCUGCUAUCAGCAGGGCGAGUUCUCCCCUGCCUACCCACCGGGAACCGACCCAGAUCAAAAAUGUCGACGGUCCUCUACAAGAGUUGCGCGCUAGGCUUCAGGCCGAGCUCAAGGCUUCCAAGGAGGAGUACAUCUCCAACGGUAUCUCUAUAGAGAGCUUCUUGGGCUUCAUUGGCCAGGAGCGGCUGAGAAGGAUGCCUGCUGAGGGUAGCAGGUGGGAUAAGAUAUUGAAAUGGGCUGAAUACUUUGCCACUUCUCUUUCUGUUUUUGAGGAGGCUGUCGACACCUUUGUCGCUUCAAGCAAGGAAACUGUCGAGCUUAUUUUUGAAUGCUUUCAAAUCCUUCUCCAAAUGGGUCCUACCCAGGGCGAAGCUCUGGAAACAGUCUUCGCCAUUUUCCACGAGUACGGCCUUAUAUUUGAUUUCUACCUCCGCAACUACAGUCUCUUGCGGUCCAUUCCGGAAGCUAGGCAGGAGCUCAGCUUGGCCCUAGCGGACAUUCUUGGGCUGUCCGUUGAGAUUACCGUUUAUUACCGAAAGAGUUCGAAAACAAUGUCGACGUCCAGCGUGACUCUAGAAUUCAACGUCACCUUUGGCAAGCUCAUGGAUUCAUUCAUGCAGCGCAAGGACCGAAUUACCAGCGUUAUGUGGACAUACCAGCUGAAAAGCACUUCUGAAAUUUCAGAUAUCCAUGUUUCUAUUGAUAGCAUUCGUCAAUGGCUGUUGCCCCAAGACCGGACCUUGCAGGCUAUUGUGACUGGUCGCCGCGCCAGUCGCACUCUGCGCGCUGAGUUUACGUGCGAGUGGUUUGAAAGAUCUCUGGUCCACUUUGCUCGUAGUAAAGACCCGGUUCUGACAGUCACAGCUGAGACUGGCGCUGGCAAGAGCAUGCUCUCCAGCUGGAUUGUCGAGAGGUUACAGAGACCCGUUGGCAGGCACACUUUCCAGGCUGUCACGGCCACCAUUGACAGCCAGAUUCCUGCGCAAGCGACUCAGACUGCCCUGGUUAAGGCCUUGAUAUUGCAGCUCCUGGAUCUGAACGUUGGAAAUGUGGCUCUGUAUAGGUGUCUCGCCAAUGUUCGCGAGCUCGAUGACAACACUGACAGCAUCAAGGAUGCUGAAGAUGCUCUCUGGUACACUCUCAAUACUGGACUGAAGUCGUGCAAAGAUGUUGUUCUCGUCAUCGACGGCCUCGAUGCUCUAGAGGGCAAUGAAACUGAGAAGGUCGAGGUAUUCGAGCAUCUUCACGAUAUUGCCACCAAAAACAGCCAGAUUCGCGUCGUUAUUCUGUCCAGGCCACUCUCGAAACCGUGGUCCAAGCCUACUCGACAAGUCACUAUGGGCCCUGAGCGCACCAUUAUCGACGUUAAGCACAUCGCUCGCGAAUAUAUGAUAUCCCAUGGCAUUGGUAGCAAGAAGGAGAUUGAUGUACUGGUUGAGCAAAUCGCUCAACGCAGCAAGGGCUCUCUGACAUGGGCUCAAAUGGCCUUGCAGCUGUUCCAGAAGGCUAAGAACGUUACAGAAGCCCAAGAAGUCUUGAAAACUCUUCCCGGCACCACAAAGGAAAUUAUUGAUUUGCAAAUCAGCAAUAUAUCACUCAAAGAUGACGCACGCUUCAUCUUUGCCUGGUUGCUGGUUGCUGAGAGGUCUCUGACAACCGCCGAAAUCCAAACACUGCUUGAGUUGAAUGUUCAGAAGGGCUCACACCAGCCGAGAUCGUCAAGCGUACUCGAGGAUCUUUACAAAUCUUGCAGUUCUCUCGUCAUUGUCCAGGACAAGACUGUCCGCUUCCGCAACGAGACCGUCAGGUUCCACCUGCUAGAACUUAGCAAGGGGAACAAGAACUUGCUGCCCCCAGCCGAAGCACAGAAGAGUCUGGCUACUAGACUACUGCUUUACAUCAAGGCCUGCAUUCAUGUCAACACCGAGCCUUCGCUCGAGGAUCUCUCUUCCAAGGAGGUUGACAGUCUCUUCCGCACUAAUGCUCUUCUUGAGUACGCUUCUCGCAACUGGCUCAACCACUUCCAACGCUCUCCAUACUUCGCUGAUGGCAAGCUUCAGCCCAUCAAUCCCGAACUCAAGUCCGUGUUCCCCAAUUCUACUCUCCUUGCUCUUCUCGAGCGCAGUUGCUGGGGAAAGCAGAUGCCAGCAAUCAAGGCCAAUGGUUUCCACACCCUAGCUCUGAAUGUCCGUCAGCAGGCUUUGGGUGAAAAUGCUCAGUGCACUCUUCAAGGAUCCAUAAACGUCGCUCAAUCUUAUAUAAAGCUCUCUGCUCCUGCAGAGGCCAGCAAAUUCUUCUAUCAAGCAGCUAAGAUCGGCCAAGCCGUCCUCGGAAAGACCAACGAGCUUGCCAUUUCCUGCGCGACCGCCUCAAUUGACAGCUCUGAGAACGUCAAGAUCACAGAGCGCAAUGAAGACGUCACACGCAAGGAGGAGAUGCUCAAGUAUGUUGUCGAGACCGAGAAGCAGCAGAAAGGCUCCAACAGCACGCUCGUCGCCAAAUACAACAACCAGCUCGCCCAGCUCUACACAGAAAUAAAGGAGAAUGACAAGGCUGAACAGGUCUACCGUGAGGUGUACAAAGCCACCACUGCCGAGAGUGGCGAGUUCUCUGAAGAGGCCAAGCUUGCCGCCGAGAAGCUCAAGACAGUUUUGUACCAGCAAGGCAAGCACAAUGAAGUCGUCCAGUAUACUCAGCCCAUCUUCGAGUUUGCCGAACAGAAUCUCGAAAUCUUUGACAUCAGUCGCGUUGAAAUCACCCUGCGCAUGGCUGACACUUACGAAGAGAAGAAGGAUUUCACUCACGCUGAAGAGCUAUACAUCUCUCUAUGGCGUGACUUGACAGAGUACUGCCGUACUGUUGGAGCCUCUGAUGUCGCUCAAGAACGUAAGAUUCAGAUCAGCGUAUCAUACGCUCGCUUCCUCAGGCGCCAGAAGCGCGAAGCUGAGGCCUUGAACAUUUUGCAUGGCGUCUGGGUUGAGUAUCAGCAUCGCGACAACUCCGAAGCCGUCACCAAGCAGCUCAGCAAUGUGGGUGAUGACUUGAAGGCCAUGGGUGCCUUUGAAAGCGCUAUUGAAGUGUUGAAGUCCGUCUGGGGCUACUUCAAGAAGUCUGGUCAACAGACAUCUGCCGCUGCCGUGUCAACUGCCGUCUCUCUCAUGGACGCCGCCCAAGCGAAGGUGGACAGCAAGAAGGCCGAUGCAAAGGCUUCCGGUACUGAGGCUACCGAUCUGGAGGAUGAUGAGGGUGAUGAUGAGGCCGACGCCAUCAUGGAUGAGGUUCUCGAGGCUGCCAUAGUCUCCACUCCCAAGUCGGCCGAUACAAAGAACGUGGUUGAGAAGCAAGAAGUUAGCAUCGAGUCCACAAUUAAGACCUACGAGACGCUAUGCAAUUUUUACACUAGCAAGGAGCGCUGGACCGAGGCCGCCGAUCUCUGCCAGAAACUCCUUGUGCAAAUAUGGCCUACACUCAGCGUUGAGGGCAAGUACGGAUUCCCAAAGAUCUACACUACGGAGUCUAUAAAAUUUGCGCGCCGUCUCGCCUUGUGCUACUCCAAGAGCAACCAGACGGAACAGGCUGAGAAGAUUUACGUGCACGUUUUCCAGUCUGCUCGCUCCGGCCUGCGCAUCCAAGAUGAACUUGUUGUCGAGACUUCCAACGACCUGAUUAAGUUCCACAUCAGCACCCAGCAGUACCAAAAAGCCCUUGUUGUAUACCAGCAGCUUUUGGAGAGCUACCGCACCACCCUCGGUGCACGUAACCCGCUCACCAUUCAGACCUUGUACAUCAUGGGUGACCUUUGUGUGAAAUAUCGCGUCAAGGGAGCCGACCACUACUACCUUGAGGUUACCAAGGCUGAGAAGAGCAGUGAUGGUAUUCUGAGCAAGGAAUCAAUGCGCGCUGCUCUUGCGCUAUCAAAGAUCUACUUCGAGCAAAAGCGCUGGCAGGAGGCCCGCUCCAUCUACGCCACUAUCUGGGUCACCUUUACCACCCGUGCUAGAGAGUACAAAUUGACUAGUGACCUUGUUCAAGCCAUCUACACGCGUUAUACCGCAGUCCUUGAGACCCACCUGAAGGUCGACAUUGAAGUCAUCCACAAGUUGGCCGUCGAGUACCGCAACGCCACUGUUUCCAUCUAUGGGGCUGAAUCGCAUAUUGCUACAACCGCCAACCUCUCUCUUGCUGAAAUAUCUAUCAAGAGUUCAAAGUAUCACGCGGAAGCAGUCAAAAUAUGCGAGGAAGUUGUCCAGAAGGCUGCUGAAGCACCGGCUGAUAAGCCCCAGACUCCUGCUCAGCUCAGCAUCCUAGCCAAGGCCAAGCGUCAGCUUGCGGCUUUGUACGCCAGCCAGGCAUCCACUGAAAACGCACCUGAGCAGGCCCAGAAAGCUGAAACCCUGUGGAAGGAGCAGCUUGAGAUCAAUAAGAAGGAGCACGGUGUCAUGCACACAUCCACACUCGCCUCACUCUCAUCUCUCGUCAUCGCAUGGGCUAAGUCAGAUAAGCCAGAGGUACAGAAACAGGCACAACAGCAACUUUCCACCAGCGUAGUCGAAAUUUUGUCUGCUCCUAUCGCUACUGACUCGACCAAGCUUCACGAGUCUGCCGUUUCUCUGGCCAAUAUCUACCUCUCAUGCAACUACUCAGCUCAGGCAUGGGCUCUCCUGAAAGACUUGCGCUUACAGAUUAUCAACAAGGGGGCCCGUAGCACCAAGGCUGUGGGAAUCAAGCUUCCAGUAACGGUCGACCGCCGCUCCAUCGUCUUCCUUGCCGCUUUUGAGGAGACUCUGCGCAAGGCUGACACAACUGAUGCUGCAAAGAAGGCCACUUUCUCCGAUAUUAUGACCGAUAUGCUGACUGAGGGUAUUCUGUACGACCGCUACACUAUUUCAAUCCAAUCCAAGGAGCUCUCCAUCGACCAGAAGCUAUUCGACGGCGCCCGCCUUUAUGCAUUCCUCGCAACCAGCCAGCUUCACGCCGAGCAGUCUCUUGCUACUGAAGAUGCCCUUUACAAGAUUUUCACGGAGUCUUAUGGCACCGCUCUUAAGGACCUUUCUGGUCCUGCCACUAGAACCUUCUUUGUCGCACUUCUCGUGGAGCUAGGUCGCCUUCGCCACUCCGAUGAUCUUGCCAUUGUUGGCUGCUCAUCCGGUAUCGCUAAGGUCUACGCUCUUCUCCUGGCUGACCAGUACGCCCAGGCUCUCGAAGUCGCUACAGUUGUCUAUAACUUCACAUUGUUCAAGGAUGGCUUCAAGCACCCCAGAAUUAUUCCGUUUGCUUUCAAGCUGUCUCUGUACCUUUCAGGUCUGGGCGUCAAGAAGAGCAGCGACCUCAAGCUACAGGCUCGCAUGGUUGAGCUGAGCAAGACCAUCUUGCGUGAGACCCUUCGCGCAUGCAAGACGCUGGACAUCGACAUCGUCCAGCUGCAGGCCAGCGAGCUCAACAACCUUGUCCGGUUGAUGGGCGAGCAAAAGAACUACGAAGAUCUCGAGUGGCUCCUCACCCAGCUUUGGAACUCGCGCAUUAUCCAAGCUUCCUGGUCCGCCACCACCGUCAUCAGUGUCGGAUGCCGCCUGGUGGAAGUUCUCUUUGUCCGCAACAAGCAGGACCAAUCCAUCGCCCUCGCCGAGAGCAUGUGCUACAACUUGAGCCGUACUUGGGGUCUGCUUGAUCCUGUCAGCAUCGACGUGCACAACCUUCUCUCCUCCCUAUACAUUGCAGCCAAUCGUUACAAUGACGCUCUAAUUCUGCACGCGGAGAUUCUUCGUGCAGAACUUGCCGACGACCUGGACGUUGACGACCAGCCCCUUACCGACGAAGCCGCCGCUCAAGUAGCCCUCCAGCAGCUUGAUCUCAUCAAGCGUAUCUACUCCCGUCAGGGAGGAUGGGGCGAAGACCCGGCCGACGAUCUUUCAUCUCUCGUGUCUCGCGUAGCUGAAGAGUUCGCUGAUCUUGAUGUUGCGGCUUUCGGAUCCAUCGCCGAUUCUUCCAAGUGGAGCCCUAAGGCCCCGCCUGCGCAUGACACCACUGGCCUAUUUGUUGCGCCUGCUUCGUGGGAGUUUGCCCACAUGGGCACAGAGACUGAGGUCGCCAAGGAUAAGAAGCCCGACUACCUCCUCCGAUGGCUGCAGCUUAACCGCCAGCAGAGUUUUGGUGACCUGAGCAAAGUUUCCGAGGAUGUGAACGGAACUCACUAA